AUGCAAGCUACAGACUACAUGAAUUUACCAACGACAAGUGAAUCUUCAAAUACAUCAAUGAUAAUAUGUGAAUCUUCAAAUCCAGUAUCACAGAAACUUGAAUCUACGGCGUCUCAAAAUCAACACUUUCCAAAUACUAUUGAAAAAUUAUCUUAUCCAACAUUACAAAAUUCAUUUGAAGAUAGUUUAAAAGAUGAUGUUAAACGGUUCACCAGUCAAAUGGUACCAACAUUUGAUUUUUCAAAUGAUACUGAAGAUGUGUCGUUUUUAUCACAGUUUCCAUUGUCAUCUAAAGAAAGUGUUGUUGAGUGUGAAAAAGUAUUACAGAUUGAUUGUAAUAUAAAAGAGAAAUUGAAAAAUAUGUUUUGUUCAAUUGGUGGUAACGAUGGUAAGACACAUCUUCGUCGUAUUUUAUCCAAAACAUUUACCAACAAAUUUGCUAUUAACUGUUCCUGGACUGGCAGGGCAUUUGAAAAAGAUGUAACAAAAUUCAAAAUCAAAGAUUUACUGAUUAUUAAUUUAAUGAAGGGUAUAAUUAAAAAUAAGUAUCAAUAUUCUGAUUCUACAUUUGAAGUAGAAGUACAAAGUUGGUUUAGAACUGCUAAAACACAAUAUGACAGGACAAAGUAA